UAUUUGCCCUCCAUGCUCUCAACAGGUCCGCUCUUGGCGGCUCUCAGUCUUGUCGUCGUCGUGUUGGCCAACGCCGGUUCUGGCGCGACACUCGAGAGCUCAUUCGACAUGGCUAAUUCGGAGGAUGUAGCCGCAAUGGUGCUGGCGGACGGCUCGGUUGCCACCUCUGUCGGUGUGCUUCCGCUAGAGAGCAAGGUCGGCGCAGUCCGUUUCACCUUUGGUAGCGCCAUCACUUCCUCGACCGGCUAUAUCUACGUCCACAACUCGUCGACGCUCGGGUUCCGCGAGGCUGCCAUGGACCAACCCACCGAUGUGCGGAUUAGUCUGUACACCGUCUCGUCAACAGACAUCGAGCAACGCCUUGACGAGAGCCCCUGGAGUGACGGAUACGGUCUGGACCAGACCAUUGCACCUACUACCCUUGACCUCAUUGACGUCGCCGACUCCGGCGGCUCAAUCUACACAAUAACUGAUGAUCCCCUUCGUGACCUUCUGCAGGCCUGGGUCGAUCAUCCUCAAUUCUGCGACGACCGCAUGGCCCUGCGUAUCGAGCAGCUUGGCACAAAAUGCAACGGCGGCUCUGAGUGCUCGCUCAUCAUGAGCGUCAGACCCGCACUGACUUUCAACUACUACGAGGUCUGUCCGCCAGCCCCGGCCCCAACCAACGGAGCCAUCGCCAUCAAUCCCAUCACUCGCUCGCCCAAUGCUCCUGUCGACGACGAUAUUCUCGUUGAGUGUAAUCCCGGCUACAUGGUCUCUGGCUCUGGGCUGCACACGUGCGAGUCCAAUGGCAACUACAACCCUCCGCUGGCGUCAACAUCGUGUACUUGGUUCCUCCGCCCCUCGGUCUCGGGCAUGUUUGGUGACAUCUCCAUGUUCCUCACCAGGAACCCGGGCGCCGCUGCGUUUUUCAACGCCUCGGCCUUCUCCUUCACCGUUACGCUGGCAUCGUUUCCGAGCCCCGACGCCACGCCCACCAUCGUCGACGUUCCCGUCGUCGUUGAUUCGCUCCGACACGGCCUCGUCUUCAACUCGACCUUCUCCAACAAGACCGGCUAUCACCCGAUCACAAUCACCCGCUACGCACACGGAUCGGCUGUGGUUUACUCGCGCGAGACCAAAGCGCGCCUCCUCACCUACGUCCAUCACGAUUGCAUCCGUGAACACUUUGUUUUUUACGCUGGUAGUUGCCAGGCCUGUCCGCCAGGCGCGUACUGUCCCGGAGGCGAGCGCAUGUGGCCACUUCCUGGCUGGUGGUCGCCCAACGAGCGCACCAAGCCCACGGCAUGUCGUGUCCGCUCCGCUUGCCCUGGAGCUGUCGGCGGCGGCGGCCUUCCACCGCUCAUCAAUCCCGAUGGCACCCGCCGAACCUCGGUCUGCUCACCCGAGUACGCCGGCGAUUUUUGCGCCGACUGCGCUCAAAACUACUUUAUGGACAACGGUGUGUGCCGGAGCUGCGGCUCGGACGCGUCUGCCAAGGCCGAGCUCACCAUCGUCAUCUUCUCGCUCGCCGCCUUUAUCUGCACCAUCGCCUGGGGCCUCGCCAUGCUCUCAGCCAAGCGCGUCGUCCUCAUCGUCUCCACCCUAGUUAUCCUCCAGCAGAUGGCCAUGGUCUCGCGGGUCGGCCUGCAGGAGCUUUCAGACUCGGACACCUCGCCGGUGGUCGGUGCCAUCGUCCGCUUUGCCGCCAUCAUCAACUUUGAGAUCGAGACCGUCCGACCUGGUUGCGACAUUCCUGCCAUUUCCUUCCCGGGUCUCUACUACGGGACGCUCGUGCUCCUCGGCGGCUCGCUGCUUGUCUUUAUCCUUUCGGCUACCCACUGCGUCUCAACCUCGCUUGCCUCCUUACCCAAGUCAGACUCGGAUGCUGGCUCUGCAGUCUCAGUCGACGAGCAGCACGAGGUAGCAUUUGCCCCUGCUACCGACGUCAGCGGUCGCCACCUGUACCGCUCGCGCGUUUUUCAUGCCGCUUUUAUCCUUGGCUCGCUUGCCUACCUCCAGAUCGCAGUCCGCACCCUUCAGGCCCUGCACUGUGUCGAGAGCGGGGACGGGACGCGCCGGCUGGUGGCCGACCUCACCAUUGUCUGCUACCGUGGCGCCCACCUUCGGCUCGCCGCGCUCGCCUGGCCUGUCGCCAUCCUCUUCUGCGGCGGCUUCCCGCUCGUCAGCUUUGUCAUUGCUUUCCGGCUCACCCGCAGUGCUGAUCUUCUCGAUCGCGACCUUCUCGUCGAGCGGUUUGGCGUCAUCAUCCGUGGCCUCCGCACCGCACGCCUAUGGUUCCGCACGCUCCAGUUCCUUGUCUCAUUUGUCUUUGCCGCCGAGACCGUCCUUGUCCGCGAUGCCGGCUCGCGCCUCUUUGCCGCCAUCCUCAACUUUUGCCUCAACAUCAUCCUGGUUGCCGCCCUCGACCCGUUCCUCAACGCUUACCACACGGCACUCUCGUACAUUGUUGGUCUUCUCUCGUGUGGUCAGAUCCUGUACUUUGUCCACCGCGAGAACAUGCAAUACUUCUUCAUCGGCCUCGGCGUCGUUCUGGCUGCCAUCGCCAUUGCCACUCUCCUCGCUGUUUAUCGCUUCGGCUAUCGCUCCACCCCAACCAGCACCGCCACAGUUGUGCCGGCAAGCAGCCUGCUCCACUCGAGCUCGUCAAGCGAGCUCGUCGCGCAAUGCGUGGCAGACAAGUUCUCCUCGCCCACCCAAUCCCUCUCCGACUCGCUCUCGUCCGCACCGCCAGCAGCAGCGCUACCCGCGCCGCAUUCCGCCCGCCCGCGUGCGAGCUCAGAAGCGCUACCACCGUCGUCGCUCACUCUUUGCAUCCACGACUCAUUCGAUGGUACCAACCGCGCCCGCCGCGAGUGCCCCGACCCAGUCGAACUCCCCAAUGUUGAUGCCGACCCGCUGUUUGCGUCCAACGAGACGCUGACCGCAGGUAGGACAGCCUCAUCUCGCGGGAAGGACGUCACUGGCGCGGUCUCACCGCGCAACCUGUCACCGGUACAGCGCAAAGUUGUUGUUGCCAACAACGGCGCCAUCCACGUCGUGCGCCGCAAAGACUCACGGUCGCGUCGCGCCUCCAUCGCCGCUCGCUCGCCCACAUCGUCCUCGCCGCGGCAAGCACGCCGCUGCUCGGACGCGCUGCGCUCGGUCGUCGGCAGCUCGCCGACGCGCGCCCUUGUCUCACCGAGAUCAUCAUCACGAACACGUGGUGCUUCCGAGCUGCUCCAGCGAGCCACCAUGCGCCGAACGUCGCAGAGCCCCGCCCGAAUCGUUGCUCGCCGCUCCUCUGGCUCACGCUCGCCGCAUCGCGCCGCGUUUGCCCGCCGUUCCUCAGUCGCCGACGUCGCUCCCUCUCUGCCGCCCGGCUCACUCGACGCCAUUAUCAAUGCCGAAGCCAACACUGCCCGUAGCCGCUUCGGCAUGGCGCCAUCUGACACGCCAGUCUCUACCAGACUCAAUCUCUCGACGUCUGUAGUCACCCUGGUCGGAGCCAGCCACAGCAGCACCAACGUGCGCGAGCCGGUCGUUCGGAGCAAGACCCAGGUCGACCUCGCUGUUCUGCGGAGCAUGUGAUGACAUGUGAUUUUUAAUACUCAAAGAUGAACUCGUCCUGUGAAGCGCGCACACGCGCCCAACUACUGCGGAACCUGUAGGCCGCGGUUGACGAGUUGCACCUGCAGCAGGUAGUCGUUGACCGCCAUGCCCAG